UAAGCUUCUGAAAAAAGACCAAAGCACGCUAACGCUACACGCUAUAUUUGUAGUGUGUUUGGUUUGUUGUCCUUAACCUAUCUUUUAAGUCAAAACACGUGUUCUGAGCAAGUUCGACCAUGGCAGAAAUAGGAAAGAAAAAGAAGGACAAGCAACUAGGUGAUAUCCAAAAGGCCAACGAUUUCCAUUUGGAAUCGUCAACCACUGCGGCCAAGUUGGAUACAUCGAAAUGGCCCCUGCUUCUGAAGAACUUUGAUCAUCUGAAUGUCCGCACAAACCAUUACACCCCCUUACCUUUUGGAGCAUCACCAUUGAAGAGAGAGAUCUCUGAAUACAUCAAAUCUGGAUACAUCAAUUUGGACAAACCAAGCAACCCAAGCAGUCACGAAGUUGUGGCUUGGAUUAAGCGUAUUUUAAAGGUGGAGAAAACUGGUCAUUCAGGAACUUUAGAUCCUAAAGUAACAGGUUGCCUGAUUGUAUGCAUUGAUAGAGCGACGCGUUUAGUCAAAUCACAACAAUCUGCUGGAAAAGAAUAUGUUAGUGUAUUUAAGUUGCAUUCUGAAGUGGAGGGUGGAGUGGUUAAGGUCGGACAAGGUUUGGAGAAGCUUCGUGGAGCGCUCUUCCAACGUCCUCCCUUGAUUUCCGCUGUGAAGAGGCAGCUCCGUGUAAGGACUGUAUAUGACAGCAAGUUAUUGGAUUUCGAUGAUACCAGGAAUAUUGGUGUGUUUUGGGUCAGCUGCGAGGCUGGUUCGUACAUCCGUACGAUGUGCGUCCACUUGGGUCUUGUCUUGGGUGUCGGAGGUCAAAUGUUGGAGUUGCGUCGCGUCCGUUCAGGUAUCCAAGGGGAAGCCGACGAUAUGGCUACGAUGCAUGAUGUCCUCGAUGCCAUGUGGUUGUACGAGAAUCACAAGGAUCAGAACUACCUGAGACGCGUGAUAAGACCGUUGGAAGGACUUUUGGUGAAACACAAGCGCAUCAUCAUGAAGGACAGCGCCGUCAACGCCGUGUGUUACGGAGCCAAAAUUCUGUUACCUGGAGUAUUACGUUACGAGGAUGGCAUCGAACUUAACGAGGAGAUUGUCAUUGUUACUACUAAAGGAGAAGCGGUCGCUCUGGCCGUUGCUAUGAUGACCACAUCCACCAUGGCCAGCUGCGAUCAUGGCGUCAUUGCCAAGAUCAAGAGGGUCAUUAUGGAGAGGGACACCUACCCGAGAAAGUGGGGAUUGGGACCAAAGUCUUCGCAGAAGAAGGUGCUCAUCUCACAAGGAAAAUUGGACAAGCACGGAAAACCGAAUGAAAACACACCGAGCGAUUGGUUGACUAGUUACGUAGAUUACAGCGUCGUCAAAAGUGAACCAGCUGAUGGUGAAACCAAUAAUGAUGAAUCCAAGAAGCGCAAGAUGAGCGUAGGACCAGAGGCCGCGGUGGAAGAAUCCGAAAGCACAAACGAGGAGAAACACAAAAAGAAGAAGAAGAAGAUCAAGACCGAAGUCGAGGAGGAAUCACCAGAAUCUACGCCCGCUGAAACUACCGAAGAACCUGAAGUGAAGAAAGACAAAAAGAAGAAGAAGAAGAAAGACAAAUCAAAGGACAAGGAGGAAGAAGAGAGUUAAGUUGCUGUGCACGAAUGCAUUUAAUUUUUAUUAAUAAAUAUCCAUUUUAUAAAAUACAUUUUUCAGUUUUGUUUUUUGUUUAAGUAGAGAAACUAUUAUUUUUUAUAUUGUAUAAGAAAUUAUAUAUAAUUAUGUAUAGAUGAGUGUGGAAAGGAAAUCGGUAAUUGUCGAUGAAUGUUUCUUUCUCCCUUUAUAAAAAAAAAUGAUUGUGUAUUUUAUAUACUAUUUGUAUAUAGUUUAUUUCGUACAUUGAAACUUAAAUCAAUUUAUUACAUUGGAUACGAAUCAUAUUAACCUAAGUGAAGACAAAUAAAAUUUAAAAAA